CACAAUGGAGAGAAGCCUUUCAGCUGUCCUGAGUGCAGGAAGGCCUUCAGCAAUUCCUCCAACCUGCUGACCCACCAGCGGAUCCACACCGGGGAGAGGCCCUUCAGCUGCCCAGAGUGUGGGAAGGCCUUCAGCAGUUCCCCCAACCUGCUGAGGCACCGGCGGGUGCACACGGGGGAGAGGCCCUUCAGCUGCCCUGAGUGUGGGAAGGCCUUCAGCGAUUUCUCUUCCCUGCUGACCCAUCGGCGGGUCCACACUGGGGAGAGUCCCUUCAGCUGCCCCGAGUGUGGGAAGGCCUUCAACAAUUCCUCUUCUCUGCUGAUCCACCAGCGGAUCCACACUGGGGAGAGGCCCUUCAGCUGCCCCGAGUGUGGGAAGGCCUUCCACCAUUCCCCCAACCUGCUGAGGCACCGGCGAAUCCACAAUGGAGAGAAGCCUUUCAGCUGUCCUGAGUGCAGGAAGGCCUUCAGCAAUUCCUCCAACCUGCUGACCCACCAGCGGAUCCACACCGGGGAGAGGCCCUUCAGCUGCCCCGAGUGUGGGAAGGCCUUCAGCAAUUCCUUCAACCUGCUGACCCACCGGCGGGUCCACACAGGGGAGAGGCCCUUCAGCUGCCCCGAGUGCGGAAAGGACUUCACGCGCUCCUCCCUCCUCCAGAGGCACCAGCGAGUUCACAUAGGGUGAUUGAAGGCAUGACGGCUGAGUGCCAUUAUCGACUGGACUAUUAACCCAGUUCCAGGGGGUCCCGGGUUUGAAUCCCACUGCAGCAGAUGGCGCUAUACAGGGUAUGGGUUGAAAUUGCUGAGUGAGUCAAUGCUUCCUCCAGGUUAAGGCUGUACCGAGGAUCCAAUUACAAAGGGACAUCUUGGUGCCUGACCAAUAGUAAAGAAAGUGAUGGGGGGGCUGCGGGGAGUGUGUGCGCUUUGGCUUUGAGCUGUUUAAAAAGCAGCUACUUUUUUCUCUGCCAUUUUGCUGAGCGGAUCUGAAGCUGUAACAAAGUUGGGUCGCAAUAAAGGUUAUUUGAACUUGC